CACCAGCACCAGCAUCGCGCCACCGUCUCCUACUAACACCUAUAACCACGUGCUCGCCCCGUUGCGAUCAACUAUUUCAAACUCAGUCUUCCGUGUAUGGACAUAAAGUGAUUUAAAAAUGGCGUGGGGUUAUUGGUCGGCGUCUUCUGUGCUGCCGGACCGCGGCCGCAGCCCGCGCAGGGCUGGCACCUCGGCAGUGCACCAGCACCCCAACCCUCCAACGGCGAGGGAGGUGAUCGAGACACACGAUGAGAGUAUAAUCCACACGGCGUCGACAUCUCGCGACAGCCGCGACCAUUCUGCGUCGCCGCAUUCUUCAUCGAACGGGGGUCACUCACAUCACCACGAGGUGCGGCACGCGGUGCCGGCCAGUGCUUUGUUCGGGGAGAGCUACGGAGAACUAUCUAGAAGGCCGUCGUUGGACUUAGGGUCAGUGCGGAGUGCGUUAGCCUCGUGUUCGGGAGGUGGAACGUUAAGUGCGGGCUCGACUCUGACGCGUGGUGGCACCCUGGCGGACUAUUUGCCGCCGACGCCGUGUCCGCACCACCACCGGGUGUACGUGGACCACCACAAGCAUUACGAGCAGCCGAUCCAGCCGGUGCACGUGGGUGUUCCUCACCAUUCGCACUCGCACGCCUCCAGCAGACACCACACGGACGACGAGGAUGACCUUGAACCGGCUUACGCCACAGGUGGAGCUAAUAGCUAA